AUGGAGAGAUUCGUGUAUGCCACGGACCCUAAAGCGGUUUUAACAGGCUUCUUCCAUAAGCUCCGUUCUGGGGGUCGUCUCGCACUCUUCGAGUAUGACCACGAGUUUAACAACAACUCUCCUGAUGAUAUGGCCAAUUCGAUGCGCAAGAUCAAUGACUUUGCUGCCAUACCAACUAAUGAUUUGUCGCAUCCCGGCGUCUUCAAAGAUAUACUUGAGGAUGUCGGGUUCACUGAUGUCGUUUCAAAUGACUACUCGGAGAAGAUCAAGCCUUUGACACGCCUCUUCUACUUGGUCGUCUAUGUCCCGUGGUUGAUUAUCACGUUUCUUGGCUUGGAGAAACAUUUCAUAAAUACAGUGGCUGGUGUGGAAUCCUACCGGGGCCACGGCCGUUGCCGCUACGUUGCUAUCUCGGCCACAAAGCCCGGAGGCCUAAUUGAGAGCGCCAAGGCACGAUAA